UUACUAAAUGAGUACAAAUGAAAAUGCUUUAUGUUUAUCUCAUUCGUUUUAAUUUAUCAAAACUAAACAACAUGGCAAAUUUCAUACGAAACCCAAACAACAGCAAACUACCAGUCUUACUGCCAGAGUCUGUAACAACCUGUUAACUUCUGAGGAGUUAACCAGCCAUGAAAGUCCCAAGAUGAGAAAUACAAUCAUGUCUGUGACCAGUGCAGGUGCUCUGUUGGUACUGGUAGUUGCAGUCGCUGCUGUCUCUGGACUUACGUUGGGACCCACGCAAAAGGAGGAGUGUGCAACAGGGAAAUACCCACCUCCAAAGACAGCUGAGUACCAGGUCCCUAAGUAUGUUGUCAACCUAGAUCUUCCUGCUGCUGACAGGUGGACACAUAUAGUGAAAGAGAGAGCAAAGUCUAUUGUUAACCUGCUCACGCAAUUUAAGGACUUUUUGAGAGCUUUAGAUCUUCAAGUUGCAGAGAUGUUUAUUAAUUAUAUAGACCAUAACUUUGGGAAUUUAACCAACACACUUCCAGAGCCAUUUGCUGAUGAGAUCAAGGGAAUAUCCAAGGCUACAGGAAUACCACUUGGGGAGGUAUUAAUGUACAACAUAUUUUAUGAAAUGUUCAGUAUGUGUACAUCCAUUGUUGCUGAGGACCCUGCAGGAAAACUUUAUCAUGCCAGAAAUUUGGACUUUGGUCUGUUAAUGGGAUGGGACAUUAAAAACCACACUUGGGUGAUAACAGAGUCACUGCGGCCAAUGAUAAUGAAUAUAGAGUUCCAGAUGAAAGGAAAAGUUGUCUACAAGGCUGUCACAUAUGCUGGCUUCAUUGGAGCUAUUACAGGGAUGAUACCUGAUGUCUUGACAUUAUCUGUAAACACACGUUUCUCUCUGACUGGAGGUAAAAUUGGCAUCAUAGAGUGGUUGCUAGGUGACCACAGCAGCCAGUGGGUGAGCUUUCUGACCAGGGAUGUAUUAACAUACUCCACCAGUUACCAGCAAGCCAAGGAGAAACUGUCCCAAGUUGAACUCAUUGCUCCUGCUUAUUAUAUUCUUGGUGGAAAUUAUUCUGGGCAGGGCUGUGUGAUAACAAGAAGCAGAGAAAAAGCCCUGGAUAUCUGGGAGUUGAACCCUGGGAAGGGUGUGUGGUAUCGCCUUCAAACAAACUACGAUCACUGGAAGGCGCCACUGUUUGUAGAUGACAGACGCACUCCGGGAAUGAGGUGUAUGAAUCAGACCACACAGCAGAAUGUUGGUUUUGCUGGACUUUUCAAUGUCUUGUCAACCAAGCCAGUCCUCAACAAGCUGACCACAUACACAGCACUGAUGCAGGUCAAUGCAGGGAAACUGGAGACAUACAAACAACACUGUGAUGACCCAUGCUGGCCAUGGUAACUGGUCGUUAUGGUUACAUGUUGUCAUGGUUAUAUGUUAAAGACAUGGAAACAUGAUGGUUCCAAAAAGCUGCUUUCUUUAUAUGUGGCUUGUGAUGAUGGACU